AUGCCCCGUUGCCAGAGCGCAGCCAGCACAACCAACCCCUCUUCCCGCAGCGAAAGCGGCCGCAGCGGAGCCUCUGCCACGAUAUCGCUCUCCAACGGCUUGCUCGGCUGGUACACCACCGACGUCGAGCAUCUAGAGUCCCUCUGCCGCAUCCGAGCCGCACAGCGUUUCGAGAGGGCAUCGGCGAUCCGCAAGAGGCUUCACGCGCUCACGACGCCGUUCUGGGCUCGAUGCAGCACCAAUGUUGUCACGGCCUCGAGCUCCUCGAUCGACGAUGCAGGGCCUGAUGAAGGUCACCUGCCCUCUUCGCGAGUCCCAAAGGCAGCGGCACAGCGACUCGUCGAGAUCCCGCGACACUCUGCCUGCCUGCUGAAGCGACUCGAGCUAGAGAGGAGCGAGCGCAUCCUCGUUGACGAGCUCGAGAGCAUCGAAGAGGAGAUCGAGUACGAAAGGGUCUAUGGCCCCGCGCGCAUCCUCAGCGGGCAGCUCGUCUGCCAGGCUGACGACGUCACGGCCAAUGCUUCCUCGCUGGCCAGCGGAUAUAGCCGCCUGACGACCUCGGAUGGACACCAGACGGCGCAGAAGGUGCAGAUCAACAGCCUCGGCCCUUCGAUGCACUCGAAGGUCCUCUCCGUGAUCAACCCUCUUGAAGAUGAUCCCGCCUCUUGCGUCUUUUCCAGCCAGGGCUCCGCGUACAGCGCUGAAUCUAGCACAAAGUCCUGGCGUCGCGGCAGGUCCCUGACCAGCGGAGAGGAUGCAGGCUCACCGCCAGCGGGACGCUGGCACGAGCCCGACGACUGCACGAGGGUCAAGCAGCAAGAGUCGAGCAAGGCUCCCACUUCCCUCGCUCUGCCCUCGCUCAGUCCGAGCAUCUGGCGUUGGGUCAGCCAGCCGAGGAGUCGCUCUGUCCCAGCCAGCACCAUGGCAACAUCGUCGUCGGCCUCAUCGACGUCCUGCAACUCCGCCGCUUCGUCGUACGACUCGCAUCGGUCGUCGUCGUCGUCGUCGUCGUUGACGUCGCAAGACUCCGACUCCACGUACUACUCGACGCGCAACUCUUCGGACCACGGCAGCCCGCUGCGCCGCGGAGUGCAUCUGCCGCCGUCGAGCAUGGGUGGUCAGAGGCUCCAACGAAGCUACCAAUCUGCCCGAUACACCUAG